AUGGCCUGGCAAUCCAGUGAUAUUGCCUCGAGAAAGCUCAAGAAAGCGCAACGCAACAGGAGCUUCCCGCUUCCGGGUGUCGUGGGGAGACUUGCUUCACCCCCUCAUUUCGGAGCACUGGGUUCGUCGCGUAAUCUCCGGAGGUUGCUCUCCUUCUCCAGCUCCUUGCCCACACUAUCCGAAGCCUCUUCAGCAUCGCAGACGCCAUCGAGAUUACAGCAGUUUCUAAGGUCUGGGGAAGUCGACCGCGACCUGGUGCAGAAGUUCUCGCAUCGCUCGGAUAGUGGUCGAAGCGAGGACAACAAAAAGAGACCAGGAGACCAGAGUCCGCUGCCUCUCCGUGGUCGGAAAAAACCAAGCACACCUGCAGGGCAGGUGCUGCGCAUCGCAUCCGUCACGACGCGUGGAUCAAAGGAGGACGAGCGCUCGGCGCCCAGUGCCGUGGCGCCAGGCGCGCAGAAUACUUCAUUAUUUCUUGGGAACCCUGCUGAUCAGUCCAAGUCUAAAGAUGCUGCCGCUGGCGGUGUAAUGCCUAUAAGAACGACAAUAUUCAGUGGAAAUGGCGCAACCUAUAAUAAUGCAGGUCAGCACGGCUCGGAGGCGAUCCACACAGUAUUAAACGAUCGCGCGAACCAACGGGUCUCACGUAUAUACCCGCUAACGGAUUCCGUCUGUGUGGCCCAGAACAAGAAAACGCCCGUGGAAGUGAAAUUCCACCCAAUCACCAGCUCGUUUGUGAAUGAACCGCGGCUCGAGAAACUGUACCAAGUUACGUUUGCACGCGAGAACUCGGCUCGGUCAUCACGUAUGGCACUGAUCUUCUUUUUCAUGUACCUAGCGUUCACGGGGUCAAAUUUGUCCAACCUGCUUUCAAAAGACUCAAGUGUGCGCUCACAAAGUUUCCGGUAUUUCUUGCUGGUGUUUAUCCCGAUCCUUCCGAUCCCGUUGCUUGUCUACAUCAGUCGGAGACGAGCGCACGAAAUCCAAUUCCAACGGAUCUACACGCUUGUGUUGCUGUGCUGGAGCUUCUCGAUCAUUGCCGGUGGGAUGUUCUCUAUGCUCACAGAAUGGUACAACUACGUGGCCAAGGACGUGGAUAUUAUCCUAGAUGAACUCGGAAUCGCUAACAACGAUGACUCACGCAUAUUUUACGUGAACAGCACGGUGCGUAGUGAUUGGCACUUCAAGGGAAUCUCCGGUACUCGAGCGGAGGUGCUGCAGUCGUAUACCAAGGAGAUUCUACUACCUUCGGCUACUAUGAACAUUAAUUUGCUUCGCCUGAUUAUGAUUUUUGUAUUCGUGCCGCUGUUGCGUAUCGACACGCUCCACUUCGCAUUGGUUGGUGUUAUUACCAGCGCUAGCUACAUGGCUCUUACGUUGCUCUUCUACCCCGUUACGGACUCGACGCCAUUCAUUCUUAACCGCGUGUUGGUUAUCUGCUUCCCGAUGGUAUUUACUCUUGCUAUGCUGGUUCGUAACCGAGACGUGGAUCGCGUGGUACGUCAAGACUUUUUACACGUUUGGGCUGUAGAAUUGGAAGCUGAGAAAGCCACUCGCGAGAAGAAUUUGAUGGCCGAAGAGAACCGCACACUGAAACAGGAGUUAGCACAGCGUGAUAGUGAGUUCAACUUGGAUCUGACAUCUCCGCUUCAUGCUUUACUCUCAGAGUUAAAGUCGUUUCUGGAUACUGUGGACUUGAGUGACGAGGACAUGCAGCGUGGUAUGGCUAUCGUUCGCAAUCUAGCACGUCUAGAUCAGAAUCUGUUCGUUCCAGAUAUCAGCGCACAGAUCAAAUCUGAAAAGGAAGUGGAUAAUGACACCAAGAACUGGGCCUUGUCAGUGCUGGCCCGUAAGGACUACGCCGACACUACUCGUUCUGGAGUAUCGAUGUCUCACAGCUCGCAUUCCAACUCAAACAGCAACCGAAGAAGCUAUAGGGAUGGCUUAGGCAUCGGAGCUGGGGGGAUUGCCGGUUCCAUGGUUAUCGCUCCACUACCAGAUAUGCCUACGUGGGAGGAACAAACGUUAGUUCGAGUAAAACAACGUAUUCAGCAAGACGGUUGGGAUUUAGACACUCUCCAAAUUGCUGAUCAAACCGGUAACCGGCCACUUAUGUACGUCACCGCAGCAUUGUUUGAGUUACAUGAAUUACACGAAGAAUUCCGUGUCGACCGUGUGGUACUACGUAACUUUCUGUACGUGCUGGACGAUGGAUACCUCGCCAAUCCGUACCAUAAUAGCAGCCACGCAGCCGACGUCGUGAACUCUGUGAACUUCCUCAUCACAACGCUAGCGGACGGACAGAUCCGAGAUACUUUGACAAAUCUCGAAUUCUACGCGGCACUGGUGGCUGCUGCUAUCCACGAUUUCCGCCAUCCGGGAAAAUCUAACAAUUAUCUUAUCAAGGCAAAGCACGACUUGGCUCUGCAAUACAACGACCGCAGUAUCCUGGAGAGCAUGCACCUCGCAGAAACUUUCUUCAUUAUGCGCAAUCCACUCUGCGAUAUCUUCGGUCGUAUGAAAGAUAAACCGUACCGAGAAAUCCGGAAAGCUAUCAUCGAGAUGGUGCUCAGCACAGAUUUAUCGAUGCACUUGCAAUUGGUAGGAAAUCUCAAGGCACUGCUGCUUCAAGAGGCUACUGCCCUGGCAGCUGGGGUUGGUACAGGUUUGGGAGGUGUUGUACCUGCCCCGAAACCCGUCACAGACCCUAUGAUGAUCAUGAAGGUUGUGAUCAAGUGUGCGGACAUCGGCCACGCUGCUAAGAAGCGCAAGCUGCAUGUUAUCUGGUCAGCGCUUAUCAUCGAGGAAUUUUUCCUGCAGGGUGACAACGAACGCGCCAAUAAUUCGGACAUUUCACCUUUCAUGGAUCGACAUUCGGAGAACAGCGCAAAGAAUCAAGUUGGUUUCUUCGAGUUCAUUGUACUUCCUUUCUACGACACAGUCGCACAAGUUAUAUUCGCGCCGGAAUUCGGUGCUAUUCACAACAUAGCAAAGCAGAACUAUACUUUAUGGAAAGAGGCCGACCGCAGACAGCUCUCGUCCAUCGUGGCCAUCAAGAGCGAGGUCUUCCUGAAUGACAAAGUCCAGGUGCCAUAGACGGCUGCGUUUUGGCGGAAAGGGACACCCCAGUUCGACCUCUUUGUUGUAGGCAUUAGUUUAGCAUCGCCCAACCCGCUCUACGCAAUCCACUUCCUUUCUAUCAAAGUUGUCAGUAGAUACACAUCCUUUUAGC